CACACACACACACAUACCUAUUCAAAUAUUCUACUAUAUUCAUUGUUUAUUAAUUUAACAAACAUAGACAAAAAGCUUAAUACGCAUGUGACAAAAGUGGGUUGUUACAUGAUUUUUAUUUUACAGGGGUGUAUGUAUGUAUAUAUAUAGUCUCUGUCUUUUUCAUUGAACUGUAAUAAAAAGGAACAAAAGUGAGUGUUCGUAGCAGCUUAUUUAGAAAUCAAAGGUUACAUACAAACACACCUUUUCUUGAUCAAGUGUGUGUUCUGUGUGUAACCAAAACCCUAUUCUGCAGAUCAUACAAGAAAUUCUGAAGAAACUAUCUCUGCACAACCAAGAAACUAAAUAUUAAAGGGAUACAUGGAUGAUCGAGGUGAAAGUAUCGAACCUAAGAUGGCAGAACUAAGGGAAAAUGAAAAUCCUCGGUUUGAAGAAGCGAAUUCAUCGAAGAACGUAAAUUUCUCGAUCAGAAAGAAGAAAUCUUUACAGGCUCGUUUCGCCUAUGGCGUUAUAUUUUUAUUGACGAAUGUUAUAGCUUGGCUUUUUCGUGAUUACGGAGAAAGGAUUUUACCUAUGCUACCUUACUCGAAAGCUUGUGGUGCGGAGGAGAGGGAAUGCUACCAUACGAUGGGAGUGCUUCGUGUCAGUUUAGGAUGCUUCAUAUUUUUCUUUUUAAUGUUUAUAACAACAUGUCACACCGGAAAAUUAUACAAUGUUCGAAAUGCUUGGCAUUCGGGAUGGUGGGCUCUGAAAUUCGUUCUGUUGCUCGUUUCUUUCGUGAUUCCCUUUUUCAUUCCCUCCGAUUACAUUCAACUAUAUGGUGAACUUGCUCGUGUUGGCGCAGGGGUUUUUUUAAUUCUCCAGCUAAUAAGCGUGAUUGAAUUUAUUACAUGGUGGAAUAAUUACUGGAUGUCCGACGAGAGAAAAAAAUCAAGCUGUUCAAUCGGGCUAUUCAUGUCAACGGCGUUUUACAUUGCUUCCGUAUGUGGCAUAGUCGUAAUGUACGUGCUUUAUGCAUCGAAAACUUCGUGUUCACUCAACAUAUUCUUCAUUUCUUGGACCGCAAUUUUGCUUAUCGCGAUGAUGGUUAUUGCAUUGCAUUCUAAGGUGAACAGAGGGCUGCUGUCUUCAGGGAUUAUGGCUUCUUACAUUGUUUUCCUAUGUUGGACUGCAAUUAGAAGCGAACCGGCGAGCGAAAAAUGCAGUGGACAGAAGCAAGAAAGUGGACAUAGUGGUUGGUCGACUAUAGUCGGGUUCGUCAUUGCUCUAUGCGCAAUUGUAAUGGCAACAUUUUCCACCGGGAUCGAUUCACAAACAUUUCAGUUUCGUAAAGACGAAGCUCAGUCGUUCGAGGAUGAUAUUCCGUACAGUUAUGGAUUCUUUCACUUGGUUUUUUCUUUGGGGGCAAUGUAUUUUGCAAUGCUAUUCAUAAGCUGGAAUUUAGGGAGCCUCACAAGAAAAUGGAGUAUUGAUGUUGGCUGGGCUAGUACAUGGGUCAAGAUUGUCAAUGAGUGGUUUGCAGCCACAAUAUACAUGUGGAAGCUGAUUUUUCCUACUUUGAAAGAAACCAAAGUGAUGAACCAUGAAGAGUCUGUAGAGGAAGUGUAGAUACAGUCUACUUCACAAUUAUAUAUAUAUAUAUAUACACACACACAUGAUUUUGUUCUCUGAUAGAUAAAUGUAAUGCAGCUGUGUUGUUGCUGAAUGUUACUGCCUAUAAUAUUCUUUAAUUUUUUUUUCAAGAAUGGAAGUGUGAUAGGGUUAUGAA